AGAUUCUGCUUGACGACACUUCCGCUUCAAAAGAGCGACGCUGAGUCGAGUGGGAGGUCUCGACUUGGACAUCUCUAGUUAAACCUGGAACCACCAAGCUGUCACUGAUCAGGGGCGGGUUCACCUGGACAGGUCGCCGUCCGUCACGUACUGUACCUGUGGAGACACAACUGUUCAGUCGUACUUGUGGUUUUGAGUCGCCACUGAUCUGAGCAUCGUGACUGAGGGAGGAACCAGAGAGAAGCCACAGUGAUAAACAUCAGCACCAGAGUCUGACAGCAGCUUCUUAUCAGAUCCACUGUCAGAUACACACUCAGAUCCAGGACCUCAGACCUGCUGCUUUAGUUUCUGCUGUCUGAGCUUUUAUGAGGAUAGUGUUGACAGAAGUACUGUCCUUGACCUGCUGGUAGGAGUCUGUUCAUGCAGUACUUUUAGUGGUACCAGAGUAUGUGUCAACUAUAGAACUGCUUCACUAGAGUUGAGCCUCAGAAAGACUCAGACGUGUUGGAGUGAAGCUUUACCUGGUUCUGGUCCAGAUCUACUCUGAAGACACGAGGGUCCGACAGGCUGAGACUGAGCUGGACAUGGACCACCUGCUGCUGCUGCUGCUGCUGUGGAGCUCAGGAGCUCAGGCUGAAGGAAAUCACACGUCAACAGAACCUGAUGAGUUCAGGUUGGUGGAAGGAGACAGUCGCUGUGCAGGUAGACUGGAGCUGAGACAUGAAGGAGACUGGAGACCAGUGGAAGGAUAUCACUUCACCCUGAAAGAAGCAGCUCUUGUCUGUAGAGAGCUGGACUGUGGUUCUGCUGUUUCUAUACAAAAGAGAUACGAUUCCUCAGGCAGACCUGGAUGGGGGAUCAAGACAGACUGUGUACGGUCGAAAUCUGCACUGAGAGGGUGCGUAGAAUCAGAUUAUGCUCACCACACCCUGAACCUCACCUGCUCAGACUCUGUCAGGCUGCUGAAUGGGACCAGCCUGUGUUCAGGCAGACUGGAGGUCAGGUCCAACCAGGGGUGGUCCUCAGUGUGUGAAGCUGACUUUGACCAGCAGGAUGCAGAGGUGGUCUGUAGGGAGCUUGGCUGUGGGGCUCCUUCAGCCCUCCAGGGGGCGCUCUAUGGAGAAGUGGAGGCUCCAGUGUGGUCCAAAGAGUUCCAGUGUGGAGGCCACGAGUCUGCUCUGCUGGACUGUAGGAGCUCAGACUCAGCUAGAACCACCUGCUCACCUGGAAAAGCUGUUGGACUCACCUGCUCAGAACCAGUCAGGUUGGUGGAAGGAGGCAGUCGCUGUGCAGGUACUCUGGAGGUGAAACAUGAAGGAGACUGGAGACCACUGGGAGAAUUAGGCUGGACCCUGAGGGAAGCAGCUGUUGUCUGUAGAGACCUGGACUGUGGGUCUGCUGUUUCUAUAGGACACAGAAGAAGGGCCUCAGAAAGACCUGUGUGGCAGAUCAUGGCAGACUGUGUACGGUCUGGAUCUGCUGCGAGGGAGUGCGUAAAAUCACCUCAACCAUUCCCCACCCUAACCCUCACCUGCUCAGACUCUGUCAGGCUGGUGAAUGGGACCAGCCUGUGUUCAGGCAGACUGGAGGUCAGGUCCAACCAGGGGUGGUCCUCAGUGUGUGAAGCUGACUUUGACCAGCAGGAUGCAGAGGUGGUCUGUAGGGAGCUUGGCUGUGGGGCUCCUUCAGCCCUCCAGGGGGCGCUCUAUGGAGACGUGGAGGCUCCAGUGGGGUCCAAAGAGUUCCAGUGUGGAGGCCACGAGUCUGUUCUGCUGGACUGUAGGAGCUCAGACUCAGCUACAACCACCUGCUCACCUGGAAAAGCUGUUGGACUCACCUGCUCAGAACCUGAUGAGUUCAGGUUGGUGAGAGGAGGCUGUGCAGGUAGACUGGAGCUGAGACAUGGAGGAGACUGGAGACCAGUGACUGCAUCUGAAUGGACCCUAAAAGAAGCAACUGUUGCCUGUAGAGAGCUGGACUGUGGCUCUGCAGUUUCUAUAGGACGAAGAGAAGAGUCCAGAAACAGACCUGUGUGGUGGAUGAUCCCUGAAUGUGUUCAGUCUGGAUCUGUUCUAAGGGAGUGUGUAUCAGCCUUCACUUUACCUUCCUCUAACCUGGGAUUUACCUGCUCAGACUCUGUCAGGCUGCUGAAUGGGACCAGCCUGUGUUCAGGCAGACUGGAGGUCAGGUCCAACCAGUCCAACCAGGGGUGGUCCUCAGUGUGUGAAGCUGACUUUGACCAGCAGGAUGCAGAGGUGGUCUGUAGGGAGCUUGGCUGUGGGGCUCCUUCAGCCCUCCAGGGGGCGCUCUAUGGAGAAGUGGAGGCUCCAGUGGGGUCCAAAGAGUUCCAGUGUGGAGGCCACGAGUCUGCUCUGCUGGACUGUAGGAGCUCAGACUCAGCUAGAACCACAUGCUCACCUGGAAAAGCUGUUGGACUCACCUGCUCAGAAUCUGAUGGGAUCAGGUUGGUGGGAGGAGGCAGCCGGUGUGCAGGUAGACUGGAGAUAAAACUUGGAGACUGGAGACCAGUGGAUGGAACUGACUGGAGGGUGAAUGAUGCAGCUGUUGUCUGUAGAGAGCUGGACUGUGGAUCUGCUGUUUCUAUAGGAUGGAGAGAGGAGUUCUCAGACAGACCUGUGUGGUGGAUCUGGUCAGAAUGUGUUCAGUCUGGAUCUGCUCUCAGGGAAUGUUUAGGAGCAUACACAUCCUCGUCAUUCAUCCAGGAUCUCAUCUGCUCAGACUCUGUCAGGCUGCUGAAUGGGACUGGUCUGUGUUCAGGCAGACUGGAGGUCAGGUCCAACCAGGGGUGGUCCUCAGUGUGUGAAGCUGACUUUGACCAGCAGGAUGCAGAGGUGGUCUGUAGGGAGCUUGGCUGUGGGGCUCCUUCAGCCCUCCAGGGGGCGCUCUAUGGAGAAGUGGAGGCUCCAGUGGGGUCCAAAGAGUUCCAGUGUGGAGGCCACGAGUCUGCUCUGCUGGACUGUAGGAGCUCAGACUCAGCUAGAACCACCUGCUCACCUGGAAAAGCUGUUGGACUCACCUGCUCAGACACUGUCAGGUUGGUGGGAGGAGACAGUCGCUGUGCAGGUAGACUGGAGCUGAAACAUGAAGGAGACUGGAGACUAGUGACUGAUAAUGGCUGGACCCUGAGGGAUGCAGCUGUUGCCUGUAAAGAGCUGGACUGUGGUUCUGUUGUUUCUAUACAACAGAGAUACGAGUCCUCACACAUACCUCAGUGGAGGAUCAGACUAGACUGUAUACGGUUUGAAUCUGCUUGGAGGGGGUGCGUAGAAUCAUUUUUUGAUUAUCUCAACCUGAACCUCACCUGCUCAGACUCUGUCAGGCUGCUGGAUGGGACCAGCCUGUGUUCAGGCAGACUGGAGGUCAGGUCCAACCAGGGGUGGUCCUCAGUGUGUGAAGCUGACUUUGACCAGCAGGAUGCAGAGGUGGUCUGUAGGGAGCUUGGCUGUGGGGCUCCUUCAGCCCUCCAGGGGGCGCUCUAUGGAGAAGUGGAGGCUCCAGUGUGGUCCAAAGAGUUCCAGUGUGGAGGCCACGAGUCUGCUCUGCUGGACUGUAGGAGCUCAGACUCAGCUAGAACCACCUGCUCACCUGGAAAAGCUGUUGGACUCACCUGCUCAGAACCUGAUGAGUUAAGGUUGGUUGGAGGCGACAGUCGCUGUGCAGGUAGACUGGAGCUGAAACAUGAAGGAGACUGGAGACCAGCUAAUGGACGUGUCUGGAACCUGAAAGAAGCAGCUAUUUUUUGUAGAGAGCUGGACUGUGGUUCUGCUGUUUCUAUAGGACGGAGAGAAGAGUCCUCAGACAAACCUGGGUGGCAGUUAAAUCCUGAAUGUGUUCAGUCUGGAACUGUUUUGAGGGAGUGUGUGUCAAGCACCUACUUCUUCUCCUCUCAGGGUUUUACCUGCUCAAACUCUGUCAGGCUGCUGGAUGGGACCAGCCUGUGUUCAGGCAGACUGGAGGUCAGGUCCAACCAGGGGUGGUCCUCAGUGUGUGAAGCUGACUUUGACCAGCAGGAUGCAGAGGUGGUCUGUAGGGAGCUUGGCUGUGGGGCUCCUUCAGCCCUCCAGGGGGCGCUCUAUGGAGAAGUGGAGGCUCCAGUGGGGUCCAAAGAGUUCCAGUGUGGAGGCCACGAGUCUGCUCUGCUGGACUGUAGGAGCUCAGACUCAGCUAGAACCACCUGCUCACCUGGAAAAGCAGUUGGACUCACCUGCUCAGAACCUGAUGAGUUCAGGUUGGUGAGAGGAGACAGUCGCUGUGCAGGUAGACUGGAGCUGAGACAUGAAGGAGACUGGAGACCAGUGGUAGGCCAUGAAUGGACCCUGAGGGAAGCAGCUGUUUUUUGUAGAGAGCUGGAUUGUGGUUCUGCUGUUUAUAUACGACAGAGAUACGAGUCCUCAGACAGACAAGGGUGGGGGAUCAGACGAGACAGUGUACGGUCUGGAUCUGCUUGGAGGGAGUGUGUAGAAUCAGAUGAUGGUUUCAACCCCCUUAACCUCACCUGCUCAGACUCUGUCAGGCUGCUGGAUGGGACCAGCCUGUGUUCAGGCAGACUGGAGGUCAGGUCCAACCAGGGGUGGUCCUCAGUGUGUGGAGCUGACUUUGACCAGCAGGAUGCAGAGGUGGUCUGUAGGGAGCUUGGCUGUGGGGCUCCUUCAGCCCUCCAGGGGGCGCUCUAUGGAGAAGUGGAGGCUCCAGUGUGGUCCAAAGAGUUCCAGUGUGGAGGCCACGAGUCUGCUCUGCUGGACUGUAGGAGCUCAGACUCAGCUAGAACCACCUGCUCACCUGGAAAAGCUGUUGGACUCACCUGCUCAGAACCUGUCAGGCUGGUGGGAGGAAACAGUCGCUGUGCAGGUACACUGGAGGUAAAACAUGGAGGAGAAUGGAGAUUGGUGGGUGGAUUUGACUGGACCCUGAGGGAAGCAGCCGUUGUCUGUAGAAAACUACACUGCGGUUCUGCCAUUGCUAUGGAACAGAGAGCAGGCGGACCUGUGCCUAACAUCCCCUCUAACUGUGUACAGUCUGGAUCUGCCCUAAGGGAGUGUCUAGGAUCAUACAGCUUAGCUAUCGAUGCCCUGAAUCUCACCUGCUCAGACCUGCUGCUUCAGCCAAUCAUCUCUGUUUCCUCCAUGGACGGGGUUUCCCAGGCCCAUCAGCAGGGGUUUCAAGUGUUCAGAGGUUUCAACUUCACAAUCAGCUGCUCCAUCCAGCCCCAGUACCCAGGAGGCUCCUUCCAUCUCACCUUCACCUCCUCCUCCUCCAAUGCAGAACACAACUACACCCAGCCAGCUGUCAGUCAUUCCUCCCACUUCCUGUUUCCUGUUGCAGAGCCCGCCCAACAAGGAAACUACACCUGUGUUUAUGAGGUGUACAUUUUUUCCCAUAACUUCUCCUCUGGAAGCCAUCGCCUGUCUGUCAGUGUCUCAGAUCCACCAGAGUUUCCCGUCAAAGUGGUCCUCCUGCCUCUGACUCUGCUGCUGCUCAGCACGGCCCUUUACUUCUACUGUAAGGCCACCAGGGGGCAGACGUCCAGUAGAGAAGAGGAUACUAAGCAAGAUGUUGGUGCAGCUGAAAAUGAAGUAGACGUCCAAGCAGUUCACCUCACACCGUCAGGGAUCUGAGUCUCAUUUCAUAUGGACAUAAAGACAUAAAGUAGAGUAGGUGUGAGUGUGUGUAGAUGUGUUAGCAUUUUUAUUUUUAAUCUCCCUACCAUCUUGUGUGUACCUCCAACUGUGACAGCAUUCAAAGUGUGCAAAAUAAUUCCUUAAUUUUAUUAGUUUUUGAAUCUUGAAUCAUGAAAACAUGUAUAAUACUGAUGACGAUGUCAUUGCCCUGUUUCUCCACGAUUGUUCUUAUUUUAACUGGUGAAGUUUUCAAUUUAGUUGGUGUGUUUGUGUGUAGUGUUUCUUGUCAAUAAAAUUCUCACUUAGU